GCCAGUCAAACCCCCGCACGCACGCGUCCGCGACAACGAGCAAGAGCCCGGGAGAUUUUCCAACCUCCCACGCCUCCUCUCCUCCGUUUAUAGAGGAGCCGUCGACGGAUUGCACGCCUCCGCCUCCGCGUCCUCCGAAUUCUCACCACACCGAUUCCCAGCUGCCUCCAUCAAAAAAAAAGAUUCCCAGCUGCCGACGAGAGCCCCCCCUGCCUCCCCGCGAAGACCGAGCAGGCGGGACAGGCACGGACAUGGACAUGGACAUGGACACGACGGCGCUCACCGACCACGGGUCCCCGCUCCAUCCUGCUGCUGCCGACUCCGCGGCCCGACGCGUCUCGCCGGCGGGAGUCCGCGGCGGCGGCGGCAGCCGACUCGGCUCGUUGGCCGCCCGGGCCGCCGAGGGCCUCGCCUGCGGCCUCGUCACCUGCGUCUUCGCGACAGUGGGCACGGUCCUGGGCGCGAUCACGGGCGGGCUGAUCGGGCUGGCCACGGAGACGGGCGUGCUGCGCGGCACGGGCGUCGGCGGCAUCACGGGCGCGCUCGUGUCCAUGGAGGUCGUCGAGUCCUACCUCGACAUUUGGCGCUGCUCCGGCGAGCCGGCCAUCUGGAGCCUCGUCUACGUGCUCGACGUGAUCUGGAGCCUGCCGACCGGCCGCCUCGUGCGCGAGAAGGUGGACCCGGCCGUGCUGAACGCCGUCGAGAGCCAGAUAAGCGCGGUGGAGGCACUGGCCGGGCAAGGCGACGGCGCCGACAUCUUCGGGACGGGCGGCACCAGCGGCAUGCCGAGGGCCGCCAUCGACGCGCUCCCCGUCGUGAGGUUCGCCGAGCGCGGCAACGCCGACGCCGGCGGCGAGCUCAUCGCGUGCUCGGUUUGCCUCCAGGAGUUCGAGGCCGGCGAGAGCGCGAGGAGCCUGCCGGUGUGCCGCCACACGUUCCACCUGCCGUGCAUCGACGGCUGGCUGCUCCGGCACGCCUCCUGCCCCUUGUGCCGCCGCGCGGUCUAGGCAGCCGUUCUCACCACCUGAGCCUCCGCAGCGAAUCCUCCGCAGCCCGUCAGAUGCGUCCAUAGGAGCUGACACCCGUUCCUGAACAACAUGAACAGCACUGAUGAACUUGACACCAUUUUUGUGAAACACGGCAGCGUGAAUCCUCUGUAGCUCGUCAGAUGAUCAGAUGGGCAUCUUGUAUGUAGCUUUGAUUAUUUUUUUUCCACUGGUUAACAUAUGCAGUACCUGACUA